AUGGAUACUGUAAUCAAAACCAUAAGGAGAGCGGGUUACCUGUUCUAUAUUAUGAAUCCACGAGAUCAUAAUUAUGAGAAAAUAGAGGAUGUAAAAGACUAUUAUAAGGAGGUGAUGCCUCUGUUCUUCUUCACUGUUUUUCUGGAGCAGAUAAUACGCUUCUGCCAACAGAAACCUCUCUGUAGAAUCAACGAAUCUAUGUCCAAUGUCCUUCAUGGAUUUCUCAUGGAUCUGUCAAAAAUCCCAUUCAAAGGAGCUGAAGUUUGUGUGUAUGCUUGGAUCUACAAAAACUACAGACUCAUUGAAUUGCCUUGGGAUUCCCCAUGGAUGUGGAUUGUUUGUUGGUUCCUUUUCGAUUUCGGCUUUUACUGGAUGCACAGAAUAACGCAUCAAAGCAAUAUUCUAUGGGCUAUUCAUGAGACCCAUCAUACGCCAGAAGAUAUGAUGUUCACAUCUCCCAUGAGGAAUCAUAUAUUUCUUUUGCCUAUACACUGGGUAAGUAUGCUGACGUAUCUGCCAAUGGCUCUCGCCAUUCCACCCACAACCUACCUUGUUCACUACCAGAUCAGCAUUAUUUACCAAUAUUGGCUGCAUACAGAGGUUAUUGGCAAACUGCCGUCUAUUGUUGAAUUCUUUCUCAGCACACCCAGCCAUCAUCGAGUUCAUCAUGGACGUAACAGGCAUUACGUAGACAAGAAUUUGGCAUUACGUAGACAAGAAUUCAUAAAGGACUCAAUUUUAUAUUAA